GGGCCGCUCACGAGGUUGGUCCUUUUUCACCAGCUCUGCAGCAGUGCGUGAGUGCGUGGCUUUGAUGGACUGGUGAAAAUCUAAAGAUUUACUUCAACUCUGCCAGUCGAGUUUUUGUAGAAAGCCACCGAUAUGCCGGCGUAUUUUCAACGGCCCGAGAAUGCUCUUAAACGAGCGAACGAGUUUCUGGAGGUUGGCAAGAAGCAGCCUGCCUUGGAUGUCCUGUACGAUGUCAUCAAGAGCAAGAAGCAUCGAACAUGGCAGAAGAUCCACGAGCCCAUCAUGCUCAAAUACCUGGAGCUGUGUGUGGACCUGCGCAAAAGCCACCUGGCCAAGGAGGGUCUCUACCAGUACAAGAACAUCUGUCAGCAGGUGAACAUCAAGUCCCUAGAGGAUGUGGUUCGGGCCUACCUCAAACUGGCUGAGGAUAAAACUGAAACGGCUAAAGAGGAGUCUCAACAGAUGGUCCUAGACAUCGAGGAUCUGGACAACAUCCAGACUCCAGAGAGUGUGCUGCUGAGUGCUGUGAGCGGAGAGGACACUCAGGACCGCACAGACCGGCUGCUCUUGACUCCGUGGGUGAAGUUUUUGUGGGAGUCAUAUCGUCAGUGUCUGGACCUGCUCCGAAAUAACUCCAAAGUGGAACGCCUCUAUCAUGACAUUGCUCAGCAAGCCUUCAAGUUCUGCCUGCAGUACACCCGUAAGGCGGAGUUCCGUAAGCUCUGCGAUAACCUGAGGAUGCAUCUGGGCCAGAUCCAGCGUCACCACAACCAGAGCACGGCCAUCAACCUGAACAACCCUGAGUCCCAGUCCAUGCACCUCGAGACCCGCCUGGUGCAGCUUGACAGCGCCAUCAGCAUGGAGCUCUGGCAGGAAGCGUUCAAGGCAGUUGAGGACAUCCACGGCCUGUUCGCUCUGUCCAAGAAGCCCCCAAAGCCUCAGCUCAUGGCCAACUACUACAACAAAGUGUCCACUGUGUUCUGGAAGUCUGGGAAUGCCCUAUUCCACGCCUGCACCCUGCACCGCCUCUACCACCUAUCCAGGGAGAUGCGCAAGAACCUCACUCAGGAGGAGAUGCAGAGGAUGUCUACUCGAGUCCUCUUGGCCACUCUGUCCAUUCCCAUCACUCCUGAGCGCACGGACAUCGCUCGUCUGCUGGACAUGGACGGGAUUAUUGUGGAGAAGCAUCGGAGACUGGCCACACUCCUGGGUCUGCAGUCUCCGCCCACACGCCAGAGUCUCAUCAAUGACAUGGUGAGGUUUAACCUGCUGCAAUAUGUGGUUCCUGACGUGAAGGACCUGUAUAACUGGCUUGAGGUCGACUUCCAUCCUCUGAAGCUCAGUGGAAGAGUCACCAAGGUGUUGGACUGGGUGAGAGAACAGGCUGAGAAGGAGUCAGAUCUUCAACAGUAUGUCCCUCAUCUCCAAAACAACACUAUCCUCAGACUCCUGCAACAAGUGGCGCAGAUCUAUCAGAGCAUUGAGUUUAACCGUUUGGCCACCCUGGUUCCUUUUGUGGAUGCUUUCCAGUUGGAGCGCUCCAUUGUGGAUGCUGCUCGUCACUGCGACCUACAGGUGCGCAUUGACCACUCAUCUCGGACCCUGAGUUUUGGCUCUGAUCUGAAUUAUUCAACCAAAGAGGACUCUCCGGUUGGGCCCUUCCUGCAGAACAUGCCCUCGGAACAGAUCAGGAACCAGCUCACGGCCAUGUCUGCUUCUCUGGCUAAAGCCAUACAGGUCAUCAAGCCCACAUCCAUCCUGCAAGAGCGUGAGGAGCAGCACCAACAGGCCAUCGCAGCUUACCUGAAAAACGCCCGUAAAGACCAUCAGCGAAUCCUGGCCCGACGACAGACCAUAGAGGAGAGAAAAGAGCGCCUGGAGAGUCUGAACAUCCAGAGGGAAAAGGAGGAGCUGGAGCAGAGGGAGGCGGAGAUGCAGAAGGUCCGAAAGGCCGAAGAGGAGAGGCUUAGACAGGAGGCCAAGGAGAGGGAGAAGGAGCGGAUCAUGCAGGAACAUGAACAAAUCAAGAAGAAGACUGUGAGGGAAAGACUGGAGCAGAUCAAGAAGACUGAGCUUGGAGCCAAGGCCUUUAAAGACAUUGAUAUUGAGGACCUGGAGGAGUUGGACCCAGACUUCAUCAUGGCCAAACAAGUGGAGCAGCUCGAGAAGGAGAAGAAAGAACUUCAAGAGCGACUCAAGAAUCAAGAAAAGAAGAUUGACUACUUUGAGAGAGCCAAACGCCUUGAGGAGAUCCCCCUGAUCAAAAAGGCGUACGAGGAGCAACGUGUUAAAGACAUGGAGCUCUGGGAACUACAGGAGGAGGAGAGGAUCAGUAACAUGAAGGUGGAGAGGGAGAAGGCCCUGGAGCACAAGAAGCGCAUGUCCAGGAUGAUCGAGGACAAGGAGAACUUUUUGUCUAAGAUCACAGUCGCUCGUAGCUGCAUUUAUGAGGAAAAACUGAAGGCAUUCCAGGCUCGUUUGGUGGAGGAGAGGAAAAAGAGAAUGGAAGAACGGAAGAGGAAACGCAAAGAAGACCGACGCAACGACUACUACCGCAUGAAAGAGGAGGAGGCCCAGCGCAUCCACGAGGAGCAGCUCAAGAAGGAGCGUGAGGAGAGGGAGCGCUUGGAGCAGGAGCAGCGUGAGGAGGAGGAGCGGGAAUACCAGGAGCGUCUAAGGAAACUGGAGGAGCAGGAGAGGAAGCAGAGAGCCCGACAACAGGAGAUCGAAGAGAGAGAACGGAAGAGAGAGGAGGAGAGGAGGGCUCCAGAGAGGGAGGAGAGGGCCAAGGACUGGGGUGACAAGGAAAAGGAGGAGAGCGGCUGGAGGAAGAGGACUGAAGCCCGCCCUGAGGGAGGAGACUCAGAGUGGCGCCGCCCUGUACCUGAGCGUGACUGGAGACAGGAGGGCCGUGACGAGGACAGAGAGGAGCGUGAAGGCCCCUUCAGACGGGACGCCCCACGCAGGGAUGACAGAGGGAGGAGGGGCUUUGACGACGAGCGUGGCCCGCGGAGAGGAGGGGAGGAAGACCGCCCCAUACGCAGAGGCAUGGACGACGAUCGUGGGCCCAGGAGAGGCUUCGACGAUGACCGAGGUCCCAGACGCGGAGGUGAUGAGGACCGCGCUCCCAGGAGAGGGUUCGAUGAAGACCGUGGACCGAGGAGGGGCUUUGACGAUGGACCCCCACGCAGAGGCCUGGAGGACAGAAUUCCGAGGAGGGGGGCAGAUGACGACUGGGGUCCCAGACGAGGAGGGGAGGAUCGGGAUGAGCGCACUCCAAGGAGAGGCCUGGAUGAGGGACGGGAGCGCAGAGGAGACGAUGCUAAACCAUGGAAGCCUCUUGGACGCCCAGGCGGCUGGCGUGAGCGGGAGAAGGCCCGAGAAGAGAGCUGGGGUCCUCCUCGUGGAGCUCGAGACGAAGCUGAUGACGAAGGAGAGGAGAGGUCUGAGCGCUUCAGGGAGAGACGCCCCCCCAGAGAGGAGGGUGUGUGGCGCAGAGGAGGAGAGGAGGGGGGAGGCAGCUGGAGAGAAGCUCGCCGUGAGGAGCCAGAGCGGGACAGAGACGUGGGCCGUGACCGAGACAUGGGCCAAGACCGUGACGACCGUCGUGAUAGAGACAGAGACGAUCGCCGUGGAGACCGUCGAGACAGGGAACGCCGUGACGACAGAGAGAACAGGGGACCUCCACGAGAUCUUGACAAUGGUGGUUCUUGGCGUCGCAGUGGUGAUGAUAAACGUGAGGAGAGGGAACGUCCCAGAGAGCGAGCUCCAGAGCGAGACCGCGAAGAAGACAAGGCCUGGCAUACAGAGAAGGAAGCCCCUCGCCGUACCCCCAAAAAUGAGACCGAUGAUGACGGCUGGACCACUGUACGCCGUUAAUAAAUAUAAGAAAAAUAUUAACAAUCAAAUAUUAACUUUAACCUCUAUCUCAUCUGCCAUAAGCUUUCAAAGGUGAUUAAAUGGCUCCCAGCUUCUGAGAUCUGUGCAUUUGCUCUUUGAAUGAAAUAUUUGUAGACUGUAGUUUAUUUCCUGGAGUUUCUUUUAUUAAAGUUAAAACAGAGGCUAAUCUCAAAUCUUCAUCUAUCCAUUUGUGUGCAUUUGUGUGGAUCCGUGGCUGCAAUGUCCACAUCAGGCCUUUAAUAAGAAAUAAAACCUGUUUGCUCA